ACAUGGGGCUCGCUGGGCCUAUCAGCGCGGCGAAGCCUGGAGCCGCCGAGGCUCCCGCCAAAUACGAGCGGGAGAAGCUGGCGCGCCCCGGUCCUUGCGGCCGCCGGGGGAGGAGCCAGGGCCGCGCUCCGCGGCCGGGGUAUGGCAGCCAUGGAGUGCAGAGACAAACCAGUUAUUCCCACAAGGAAGCUAGUACAAGCACGGUUGCCUUUCAAGCGUUUGAAUCCUGUACCAAAGGAGAAAUAUGACACAGGAAUGGAAGUCAAGAAAGCAAAGAGCUCACAAGAUGUUGGUCAAAAUAAAGAUUCCAAUCUAGAUCUGUCACAUGGAUCCUUGGACAAUAUGGAGAAUGACUGCCAGUUGGAUUCUGAAAUGCAGUUCACUCCCAAACUUGUUAACGGAAAGGGUCCGUUAGAUAACUUUGUACAGAAAAACAUGAAAAAUAACAUGAGAGAAACUGUACUCAUAUUUGACUUGACAGAGGACUCUAACCACACACUAAGUGAUGGCCUAGACCACAGUAAAUUAAAUUCAGAAGCAUCUUCCUCUGUAGAGACAACUAAUGGUAUGAUAGAAGAUACAAACCAGUCAACUCCAUUAAAGCCUGUUCAGAAUGCCCAAGUGGAUGUUUCAAUGGAUACCAAUCCACCUUGUGACGCUACUGCAAAUAAGGAUGAAGACUCAAUAGAUGUAACCAAAUCCUGUUCUGAAUUAUCAAAUACACAGUGUAAUAAUUUGGAGAAUGAGAGUGAACUCAAGGGUGUUAUAUUUGAGGGGAAGAUGCCUGUAGUAGUUCUGGAGGAUAUUAUGACUGUGAGAUCUCCCCAUGUUGUGUCUUUGGAAGGAAGUAUGACCUCAGAAAGUGAGACAAUGGAAUCUUCUCCUGAAGGAGACUCUAUACUUACUAAUUCCUCAUUUAGCUCCCCCUCUUCUACCAGCUCACCUGAGGCACAGCGUAUCCCACAGAACAGGAGUGAUACUAGUCCUUUAGCUGCUUCAAUACCUGUUCGGAAGGUGUAUCAGAAAUUCCUGAAAAGUUCUGCGGAGAAGGAGAAGCUGAGAUUGCAAAGAGAUCAAGAACGUGCAGAUAAGCUGCAGAAGUUGCAAGCAGAAAAGGAGGAAAAAGAGAGGCUGAAAGAAGAGGCAAAAGCCGCAAAAGAGCGGGCCAAGGAAGAGGCAAAGAAGAAGAAGGAGGAAGAGAAAGAACUGAAAGAGAAGGAAAGGAGAGAGAAAAAGGAAAAAGAUGAAAAGGAAAAGGCUGAGAAGUUACGAGUGAAGGAGGAAAAACGCAAGGAGAGACAGGAAGCUUUAGAGGCAAAACUUGAAGAGAAAAGGAAGAAAGAGGAGGAGAAACGGUUAAAAGAGGAGGAAAAGCGCAUUAAUGCACAGAAGGCAGAAAUCACCAGGUUCUUUCAGAAACCAAAGACUCCACAAGCCCCCAAGACCCUUGCUGGCUCCUGUGGGAAAUUUGCUCCCUUUGAAAUUAAAGAGAACAUGGUCCUGGCUCCACUCUGUCGUGUUGUCUUUGAUCAGGACCUCUCAGAUCAGUUAGAUCAGCUCCUACAAGCUCAGAAUAAUGACAUUUCUUUCUUGGAAGAACUAAAGUGCCGCAAGCCACAUAAAACUGGACCUACCAUUGUCUGUUACCGCAGUGCUGACGUAGUCAACAGUGAUGUGGUGAUAGUGGAUAGCUGCAAAAUGGACAAUGUUCCUGAAAGGAAGAAAUUUGGCAGGAUGAAGCUCCUACAGUUUUCUGAGAAUCAUCGACCUGCAUACUGGGGCACAUGGAAUAAGAAAACCACCGUCAUUCAUCCCAGGAAUCCCUGGUCAAAGGACAAUAAACUGCUCGACUAUGAGAUAGAUAGUGAUGAAGAGUGGGAAGAGGAAGAACCAGGAGAAUCUCUCUCUCACAGUGAAGGGGAUGAUGAUGACGAGGGAGGAGAAGAUGAAGAUGAUGAUGAUGGCUUUUUUGUACCCCAUGGGUACCUAUCUGAGGAUGAAGGAGUGACAGAAGAGCAUGAUCCAGAGAAUCAAAAAGUUCGUCAGAAGCUGAAAGCAAAGGAGUGGGAUGAACUGAUAGCCAAGGGGAAGAGGUUCCAUGUUCUUCAGGCUGUGAAGAUUGGCUGCAUCUGGGAAACAGAAGAAAGCAAAAGCAGUGCAGAUGCAGACCUAAAGGUGCUUCAGCAGUUUGCAGUUUGUAUUCUGGAUUCAUCUGUUGCUGAGGAAGAGCAGAUGCAGAAGACUAGCAAAAAAAGGACAAAAGACCAGCAAAUCCUGGGACAACUGCUUCCGCUGCUCCAUGGGAAUGUCAAUGGAAGUAAAGUGAUCAUCCAGGAAUUCCAGGAUUGUUGCCGCCAAGGACUGUUCAGUGAAGCGGCCCUUGCCCCAGAUAUUAGUGAUGCUAGUCCUACAAGUCCCAACACUUCCCGCCCGCAGACUCCAGUCAACGAGGACUCUGCUAUCCCUUCCAAAGCCAGACUAAAGCGAAUUAUUUCAGAGAACUCUGUGUAUGAGAAGAGACCUGAAUAUAGGAUGUGUUGGUAUGUCCACUCAGAGGUGCUGAAAAGCUUUGACCAAGAGCACCUUCCUGUUCCUUGUCAGUGGAACUACAUCACGCCACUCCUUUCUGCAGCCAAGGAGGACAAUAGCAGUGUACCAGGAGUGACAGUGAUACAAACCACUCCAGUUUCAGCAAAGAGGAAGUCAACAGGAAGCAUGUCUAUCACCAAGUUCAUGAAAAAACCUAGGGAUGCAGAACAGGCUGAAGCUGUGGAAAUGGAUGGGUUCCAGGCCGACACUGAAGAAGAGGAGGAAGAUGACUGCAUGAUUGUGGACGUACACCCAGGGAAAGAUUCUACAUCUGCAAUUGCUGAAACUACUUCAAAAUCAGAUGGUGCAAUGGAGAUUGUCCCCGUGCAGGCAGCUAUUGCAGUUGGUCCAUCGAACACAGUUUGAUACUUAACACCUACUAACCCCUCUGUAUGUAUGUAGAAUUUUUAGGAUUUUUUAAAACUUGUGUAUCUUUGUACAAGAUACUUGAAAGUAUUCCAUAUUUCUUGUAAAGAGAAGACAGCACUUUGGUCUAAAGCAGAACAGAUGAAAGCUUGAAAAUUUUAGUUUUAAUAUUUUUAGCUAAAAAUAUUGCAUAUUAAUCUGUCUUUAAUAAAGCAUUAUUGAAAUUGAUAUUUUGUAUGAAAGUAUCUAACUUGUGCUCGCUAAGCAAAGUUAGCUGUGUGAUCUUGCAAACGUAAGCUUAAGACUUGUCUGUGGGCAUUGCAGUCUGUUCAUAAUUCAGUGUAGCAUGGCUUUUGAGGCAUAAAUGGCGAUAUGUACAAUUAUAUUUGAAUUUGCUACCAUUAUUUUGUCCUGUUUCUGGUCUGCCUUCCUCUAGGGAUACUACCAGCGAUGACUGUUCUGUGCAGGGAAGGGAGAGAAUGUAUGUGAGGUGAUAUAGGCCAGUGUUUCUCAAUGACUGGUCCAUGGGCUGGCACUGGUCCCUGACACUAGGAAGGCAGCAAGUUGGCCCCUGGCAUCAAAAAGGUUGAGACACACUGGUAUAGGCUGAAAACAGCUGAAUCCGGGUGAAGAGACUGAAGUGUCUGACAUACAGAUUUUGUUUUAAACCCCUGAUUAUCUAUAUAAUUAGGCUUGGCAGAAUUUGAUUUUAUCAUUUUGAUUGUUUAUUUAAUCUUUACUAGUUUAAAUCUUCAGUUGUGCAAAAUUGUGGGUUUUAAGCAAUUUUUCAAUAUUUUUAAUUAUCAAUUUAAGUGCUCACAAUUGUGGGAAAUUUAUGGGGGAACAGAAUUAUUUAAUGACACAGAUUCAAAACAUUAAAGCUUUAAUGGUUAAAACACAUUGUCAACAUGUCAAAAUAUACAAAGUAAAUGUCCUUAAAUCAAACUCUAAAGUUCUCAAGCAGCAUUUUUCUUCAGUUAUCAGUAGAAAUAUUUUCUUUGGUUUGUGUAUAGUGACAUUGUUUACUGAUUAUGUAUAGGCUUGGAAGGAUUCAAUCAGUGAUGUAUGCAUUUUUUUUGCAUAUACAACUUCAGUGGGAGCUGAGUGU